GUUUCAUCCGUUGGGCUUUGGAAGGAGGGAAGCUACCACAAGCAAGGACCCACAAUGAGGCAAACCGCAGCUUCGUUGGCAUCUGAUUGGUCAAUUGGCGUGUAAGUGAGAGGAUCUAUCGUCAUCGAUCUUUGAGAUCGACCACAGCAGCUCAAUCCAUGACGAAAUCGAACCUGGAGGGCCCAUAGGAGCUUAAUCCUACCCUUAAAGAGCUUCCAGUCCUUUUUAUUGCCUCCAAGCGUUUUGAACCUCCAAAGAAAAGCCAUGUCCCUCUCGCCCUUGACAUCUCGUCUCAUCCAAACAUCUACUCUCUCAACCACAAGACUCAGAUCACUCCCAGUUCUCUCUCGCGCGAUCCACACAGCGGUGCCCAGAGCGAAAACUCCAGCUCCUCAACCACUAUCACUCAACACCCCCCAAAAGCAAGCCUUUCGUCACUUCACCAAAAUGUCGAAGAGCGUUGCCGCCGCAUCUCACGAUGACUUCAACCGCAACUCCCUUUUCAACCUCAAAGGCCGCGUCGCCCUCGUCACGGGCGGCGGUUCCGGAAUCGGUCUCAUGGCCACCCAAGCCCUCGCGGCAAACGGUGCCAAAGUCUACAUCGUCGGCCGCACCAAAGAGAAGCUCGACAAGGUAGUCGAGAUCUACAACAAGGACAUUGAGGGCGAGAUCAUCGCCAUCCAAGGGGACGUCACCAAGAAGGAAGAGGUCGCCCGUCUGUACAAGGAAAUCUCCGCGCGGGAAAAGUGCUUGUGCAUCCUCAUCAACAAUGCCGGUGUGAGCAGCACGACGGUUACGACAGAGACGGAGACGGCGCAGGAGAUGAAGCACAAUUUGUUUGAGAAUGAGAACAUGACUGAGAAAGACUGGACGGAUACAUACCAGACCAAUGUCGCGAGCAUUUACUUUAUGACCUCGGCGUUUUUGCCCUUGCUGCAGGCCAGCUCGGAGAGGCACCCUCACUGGUCGGGGACUGUGAUCAACAUUAGCAGUAUUAGCGGGUUGGUGAAGGGGUCGCAGCAUCACUUUAGCUACAACGCCAGCAAAGCCGCCGCCGUCCACCUCACGCGAAUGAUGGCGGCGGAGAUCGCCGAGAACGGCCACAAGAUCCGCGUCAACAGCAUCGCUCCGGGUGUCUUCCCCAGUGAGAUGACCGCUGACGAGAGCGACGAGUAUCAGAAGAGCCACAUUGACGCUGAGAAGUACAAGGGCAAAGUACCAGCUGGCCGGCCAGGAAGGGAUAUUGACAUGGCCCAGGCUGUGUUGGCGCUAGCAGCCAACCAGUACAUUGAUGGCCAGACGGUUGUUGUUGAUGGUGGCUACACCCUUACCAUGGGUAUGUAGGACAUUGGUGAUGGAGUGCAAGGAGAAAGUAAUCAAAUUACAACAGAUCAGCACAAUGUUGCAAUAGUGUGUUUUGAUUCAAGGUGUUGAAUUUUUAUUACGUUUGCGUGUUGAGCGUUGUUUUGAAGAUGGUUUGAUUUCUCAACAUUAUAACCGACCUACAUAUGAGUACUACUUUCGUCAACUUAUCAACUCACUUGAAGCGGCCC